UUUUUAGGCCUUUUUGGGGGAGAUGGUGAGCAAGGGAAUAUGGGUAUUUGGAUGUAUUUGUAGGGUUUUGAAGGGUGUUGUUGGUGGUCUAGGUGGUAGCCUGUUGGUUGUGGCAGAGUUUUUUGAAGCGAAAUAGGGUUCGGAGGGCUCACUCGGGAGGUUACAGCCCAUCUAUAUUCCUCGUCUUCAGAUUUUGAUAGUUCCAAGAGGAGAAAAAUCUGUGAUUUUUCUUUAAAGGCAAAUCUCCAAAAUUCUCAGGAACUAAGACAUAGGUAUCAAUUUUUUUGUAGCAGAGGUCAAUCUUUGUAUAUAUUCCACCCUUAUUUUCAGACAUCUGAACUUCUAUCUCUGGUUGGCCAUGGAAUAUGCUAAAUUUAUGAUGAAGCUAUUGCACUUACAUGGGAAUAAUGAUGAGUAUCCUUCAAUCUGUUCAUCUCCGCUCGCCAUGGGAUGCCACAUCUAAAGCUUAUGCAUACAGCAUGAAUCUUUUUGAAUCAGGUUCUUCUUAUGAUUCCGGUUUCUUCCAGUCAUCAAAGUAA